AGAGAGUUUCUCAGAAUAGGAGAUUUGAAAAAAAACCACAAAUUAUUUCAUGGGUGGAGAUGAAGACCUUGAUGAAGAAGAGGUUUGUCUCGCAGUGGAACUUCCAAAACUAAAACCAGAAGCAGCAACAAAGCUUACUACUUUAGAUCAGCCUGCCUAUUGGUUUGAAUUGCCAUUAAAACCGGCUGAGAGAAGAUCUGUGGUUCCUGUUCUAUCAUUGAAACAAGAGGAGGAAAAGCUGCAAGCUUCUAUAUUAGCUUCUCCAAUAAAACAGAUUGAGGAGAGUCAUAAAACUGAACCAGAACCAACAACUCUUUGUUUAAAACUAGAGGAGGAGGCAGAAGUUGCAGAAGCUGAGUGUGGCCACGUACCUGAUCAAAUAAAACAAGAAGAAAAGGUUCCUGGAGGGUCAUCUAAAGCUCUUGAAUUGCUCAGCUUAGUGGAACAUCUGAGAGUUGUUAAGGGCCUGCAACAAGUUGUUUUUGAACCAGGAGGAAGCUUGUGUGUGGUUAGAAGAAACAAACAAAUUCUGGAUCAGAAAGCAACUGCAUACAAGCUCAAUUUGCAAGGUUCAUUCACUCUUGAAAAACAAGAUUUGUGGUCAAAUCUUUUUAAAGGGAGAGAGAAUGGUAUGAUAAAAACUAUUUGCAGAGAGAAUGAAGGAGAGUCAGGAGGUAACACGUCCUUUAUCAGGUUCAUAACUGACCAGAACAAGCUGAGAAGAGAUAAACAGGAACUGGUGGUGGUUAAAGAGAAGCCAGAACUGGAGGAUGAGUAUGGGGACCAAACCACACGACCACCUGACCAGAAGGAUGUUAAACUGAGAGUACAUGGUCUCAUGUUCAUGACCAGGACGUGGAUAGGAUCAUCCUGGAGAGAAGCAUUCAACUGCAAACUCAACAAAGUGGAGAAAUCAUCUGCCUUAGAAGCCACAUGCAGUGAGGAAAGUUCCAAGAUGUUGCUGAGACAUGAAGAAGGACUGCAGAGCUUUGUGUUUCAUCCUGGAGAGACUAGAGAGGUGAUGAUAUAUCUCAUGGCCAGGUCAGGAACUUUGGAGUUAAAUUAUCAAGGUUCUGUCAUCCUACAGAGCUUGGAUUUGAGGACAAAUCCUUUUAAAGGAGGAGGGGAUGGUGUGAUCCUGAUCAGGAUUGGAAUCAAUGGAUUGAAGCCAAUGUAUGGGUCAGCUAUACCACUGAUCAUGGUGCAGUUUAAUGGACAGUAUCAUACUCUUAUUGGCAUGAUCUAUGAGGUUCUGGAUAGAGAGAAGAGAAGAACUGUUGGUACUGCCUUGAAACAGCUUGAACAAAGAGGAUUCAACCAACUGAGCUUAACAGGAGCUAUGGAGACCAUUCACCUCGUCCAAAUUGUAUGGAGAACAAGGAAAACAUGUCAGGAAGUUUCUGGAUUGGGUUAUAUUUGGAUCUAGGCGAAAUAAGGCUUUUUCGGUCCAAAAAGAGAGUUGCAGCCAGAAUCUUGAUCCACUUGCUUUCUAGCUGGCCUAACAGGACGUGGAGGAUCUAAAGUUCAUUAGGAGACACUCCAAAUCAAGUUCAAGUCGUGGCCCAUCAUAAACCAAAGAAGAACCAGCUUGUUGGUUUGAUUUAAUUGCAAUGUAAUGGGUUUAGUUUAUUGGGCUUUCAUUUAAUUUAAACCAAAGACAAUUAGGAAUUAGGAUAAACCAGAUUUGGGUAGAUUAGUAUUUAAAAUAAAUCGAUUUCGAAUUGGAUUAGGAGAUUAAACCAUCUUGGUUUAAAUUUAGGGUUUUCAGUUUUAUUCUUUUAACAUAUGUAGCCACGUUUUGGCAUGGAAAUCAAUCAAUCGUCAUUUUUCUCAACUUCUUUGUUUUGAGUUUUCUCUCAAUUCUGCUGGUGUGUAAUAUCCAGCUUGGGUUCUCUGAUUUGGUGUGUCAUAUCCAGAUCAGAAGCCUUGGAGUAUCAGGAGGCGAGCCAUCUCUCUUGUGUCCCACAUCAAUCCACAAACCUUGAUACAGAUCGAGUCUUUGAUUCUCUGUUUGCAAGGAUUAUCUCUGUGAUCCAUCCUAGACACUAAGCAGGGUGAUCCUGUGUCUGUGGAGCAGAAAAAAACAUCUUUAUAGCAUCCCAUAGCUCUAAGGAGAAGACCAUAUCCAUCACCUUUCAUCCACCCACGCCCCCUUCAAGUGAUCCAGGGAGAGACAGCCAUUCCAGGGCUGCACCAAGUGGUAUCAGAGCCUCUUGAGGGUUAGGGUUUGAAGUUUUAACAAGGGAGCACGAAAUCUAUCAGUUAACAAACUGUAUUCUAUGUCUGGAUAUGAAGAAGAGCUUACAAUUCCAUUCUUCUAUGGGAAGAUUGAUACAGAGGCAUACCUUGAUUGGGAAAAGAAGAUGGAGUUUCUCUUUGGACUCCUAUACUACACUGAAAAGAAAAAGGUAUGUCUAGCAGUCAAUGGACUCUGUGGAAGUGCAUUCUCAUGGUGGCAGAGAGUUUCUCAGAAUAGGAGAUUUGAAAAAAAACCACAAAUUAUUUCAUGGGUGGAGAUGAAGACCUUGAUGAAGAAGAGGUUUGUCUCGCAGUGGACACUUCCAAAACUAAAACCAGAAGCAGCAACAAAGCUUACUACUUUAGAUCAGCCUGCCUAUUGGUUUGAAUUGCCAUUAAAACCGGCUGAGAGAAGAUCUGUGGUUCCUGUUCUAUCAUUGAAACAAGAGGAGGAAAAGCUGCAAGCUUCUAUAUUAGCUUCUCCAAUAAAACAGAUUGAGGAGAGUCAUAAAACUGAACCAGAACCAACAACUCUUUGUUUAAAACUAGAGGAGGAGGCAGAAGUUGCAGAAGCUGAGUGUGGCAACGUGCCUGAUCAAAUAAAACAAGAA